CGGAAGUGGCAGUGUCACCGGCGGUUUGUUCAGGCUACAUCGGGAUUUUCAGUUAUUACGCUUCACGUAAAGUAAAUCAGUGAGGGGUAAACAAUCCCUAAUGUCCCAAAAUGCCUUCUGAAAAUCUACGCUUUGAAACUUUAGUGGCCCUGAAAAACUCUCCGAAGGGGAAGCUCAAAUACAGUCCAGACUGGCUGGAAAAGGGGGAGGAUGUUCUGGCUGGCUGUAUCGAGGUGUCCAGUCUGUCUCCUCUGUCAGGACAGAUUCUGAAGAGAAUGAGUCCUCGCCCGCUGCUCAAGACCUGCUCUCUGACCUCAUGUGUUCGUGACACGAGUCCUGGUCUUUCUGAAGAUGCCGCCGCCUGCGGUUCGCUUCCCAUCAGCCCCAGACAGGUUUCUUCCCCCAGCUCUCCACCUCCGGCCUCCAUCUUCACUGAGGAGGAUGAGGAGAAGAAAGGAGAGGAAAUAAAGGAGGCUCCUGUUGUCAGUCCUGAAGCAAGUGUGAGCUCAACCCCGUCGAUCUCCGUCCUGUCACCCAGAGCCACACAGACGGCCGGCUGCAUCCGCAUGUGUGAGCAGAAACACAAGGCCAGAGCAAAGAUGGAGCUGAGCCUCAGACAGGAGCAACAGGAGCGGCUGGUGGCCACAGUGGCCAACCGGGAGUCUGAGCAGCUCAAGCGCUUCGAGGAGUUCAUGGAGCUCAAGCAGAGACAGGAACACCAGAGUAUGAGAGAUAUGAUGGAGAAAGAGACGCAGGAGAGUAUCGGCCGGCAAGAGAAGCUGCGAGAGGAGCACAGACACAGAAUGAAAAUCCUGAACCUGCGGCUGCGUGAGAUGGAGCAGCAGCGUCUCCGUGAGGCGGAGCUCGAGCGCCAGCGGCAGGUGGAGGGCAGGGAGCGUCACAGAGCCAUUAAUGCAAUCCAGGAGGAAGUGCUACAACUCAACCAGCUCCUACAGCCACGCCCCUCCACAAACACAGACUCCGCCCUUGACCACACCCCCUACAUCACCCGUGGCAACCAGCUGUGCUCGCAGGUGUCAGAUGUGGUGCCGGCCUCCGCAGACGGUCAGUUUCUGAGCGUGGAGGAUUUGAUUGUGGCGGAGCGAGCGCUACAGGAAAUGAGGUCAUUGGUCCGAGGCCUGCAGGAAGAGGUGACACAGGCUGCUGAGAGGAAGAAGAGAGAACAGGAGCAAGAGGAGGAGGAGAAGAAGAGGCAGGCUGAGCUGAAAGCCCAGCAAGAGGAGCAAAAGAAAAAUGCUGCAAUGUCCACUAUAGAGAAAACCAAAAGAGAAGGUUUGCAGACAGGAGCAGAUGACAGCACUUUACAAUGGUACAGAGCAUUGCAGGAAUCGGCCAACCAGUGCGCUCAGGCUUCUGAAGACCUCAGCAAAGCCAAAGACACGCAGAUGAAGAAAUUAAAAAUGGAGCUCCAAAAGGCUGCAACCACACCCGUGAGCCAGAUCGCAAACAGCUCAGGUUCCCCGCUCAAGGAGGCCUUUGAGAAGAUCGAUAAGCUGUUGUCGGGACGUCCAGUGGUGACGGCUGGAAAGAGUGUGUCGACGUCGCAGCAUCCGCAGGGUUUGGAGUUUGUCAGUUACAGACUGGCGGAAAAGUUUGUGAAACAAGGCGAAGAGGAGGUGGCGUCCAAUCAUUCGGCAGCGUUCCCCAUCGCCGCUGUGGCGUCAGGAAUAAUGGAAAUGCAUCCUAAAAUUGGGGACCUUAUACUCGCCCACCUCCACAAGAAGUGCCCGUAUGCUGUGCCACACUACCCACCCAUGGAGCGUGGCACAUCUGUGGAGGAUUACCAGAGGAUUCUGGGAUACCGUGUGGACAACUCUAAAGUGGAAGGGCCGGACAGCUUCCUGAAGAGAAUGUCUGGGAUGAUUCGUCUCUAUGCGGCGAUAAUCCAGAUGAGAUGGCCUUACACUGGCAAACAAGGGCCUCAUCCUCACGGCUUGAGUCACGGCUGGCGCUGGCUGGCCCAGAUCCUCAACAUGGAGCCGAUCGCUGACAUCACAGCAACUAUCCUCUUCGACUUCCUGGAGGUCUGUGGAAAUGCCCUAAUGAAACAAUAUCGCGGCCAGUUCUGGAAACUGAUAUUGCUUAUUAUCGAGGAAUACUUCCCAAGAAUUGAAGCGGUCACCAGCAUUGGUCAGAUGGGCUCGGUAACCAGACUCAAACAGUUUCUAGAGGCGUCUUUACGAACCAAGCAGAUUGCGCCUCCCCAGAGCGAGCUGGGCUCUGCCUUCUUCAGGUCCUGAGGGAUGGAAGUGUGUGGAAAUAUUAUAACCUUAACUAUUCUAACGCUAACACUGAAGCGAAGUACUAGCAAUGGACACAUGUGUUCAUGUAAGAGUAGAGGAUUCGUUUAAUAGAGCAUCAUGCCAUCCUAACUUUAAGUUUGUUUUCAUUUAUCUGAGCAUGUAAUUAUAUGAUGUUCAAAUACAUGUGGGUGUCUCAAUAUAUCCAGUCAAUCUCAAAUUCAUGAAAAUAAUCCCCCAACCCAAGUUUAUUAUCUGUUUUAGACUAAUGAUUGUUAACUGUAAUCAGUUUCCCCUAAUUUUUGGACUAUGAUGGAGUGUAAUAUAAGAUGAAAUGCACUGUAUAUUGAUGUGGAUAUUUAUGAAUUUAUAUGGCAUUAGGAUUAAACAAUUACACCAAGUGUA